CAUGGAUAUCGUCCUCGUCUGGCCCGCAUUUGAUUACCCGGCCCGCCUGGCUCUGUCCGGGUCCGUGGUCUUCAACCCGCCGCUGCCGCCCUUCUCCGUCUCUGUCCUCCUGCCUCCCCAUCGCUCGCGCAUCGCUGUCCCGCCCGACCCUCCACCAUGGAAAGCGGUAUCGACCAGGCUCUGGAGAGCAUUCUUCAGUCCGAAGAUCCUCGUCCAUACGGCGUUCUCUUGGUCGAUUCCGAAGGGCUUUGCCUGGGAGCCAAAGGACAGGCUCCCCGUGCUGUUGCUCCGCAAGCCGCUUCGAUCGCCUCCAGAGCCUCGCUGCUCUCGGGCUCGCCAUCGGACAAGAUCACCAUUCGGAUUGAGACCGAAACCUCCUCCAUCACCAUUCGUCCCGACCAGAACUUUACCCUGGCCCUGUUCAAGAGCAAUUAGAGUCUUUCAUCCACUGUAUUCCCGGCGUCGGCUGCGCCCAGAGGUCGGGUACUGCGUUUGUGUCGUCCAAUACACU